AAGAAAUAUCUGUGGUUAAAAUAUGCUUGUUGAGUUGAUGCGCAUUUUAUAUAUAUAAAUGCUUUUCACACAAACGUCUCGAUAUGUGGAAUAAUGUCAUAUUAUUUCAAUACGGAAGUUUGAGCCAUUUGUGGACAGCAAUUAAAGCACACAGCACUACAAAGGAUUUCUAACGUAUUGUGAACAAAGAAAAGCCCUAUAGAAAAGCACAUUAGAGACGCCUAGCUUGUUCAACGACAAUCUUCUUCAGCAACGAUUGACUAGAAUUGCAAAUUUCAGAAAAAUUACUGUAUGCCAAAUAGGAAAUGGCUGGGAUAAACAUUGUAUUAGGAGAUUAUUAUUUGUCAAAGAAGAAACUUAGGGAGGCAAUUGAAUACUAUGAAAAAUCUUUAGAAAUUCCAUUCCAAAUAGGAAAGAAAAGAAACAAAACACGUGCAUACUUUGGGUUAGGAGAGGCUUAUAGAUUAAACAAGCAGUUUCAAAGGGCAAUUGAGUACUAUGAAAAAUUAUUGAGAAUUGCACAGGAACGAAAAGACAGGGAGAAUGAAACAAUUGCAUAUCUUGGGUUAGGAUAUGCUCAUGGAUUGAACAAUCAAUUUCAAACGGCAAUUGAGUACUUCGAAAUAUCAUUGAAAAUUGCACAGGAGCGAGAAGAUAGACACAAUGAAAAACUUGUAUAUCUUGGCUUAGGACAAGCUUAUAGAUUGAACAAUCAGAUUCAAACGGCAAUUGAGUACUACGAAAAAUCAUUGAAAAUUGCACAGGAAAGAGAAGAUAGAGAGAAUGAAACACGUGCAUAUCUUGGGUUAGGAUAUGCUUAUAGAUGGAACAAUCAGAUUCAAACGGCAAUUGAGUACUACGAAAAAUCAUUGAAAAUUGCACAGGAAAGAGAAAAUACAGAGAACGAAACACUUGCAUAUCUUGGGUUAGGACAUGCUUACAUAUUUAAUAAUCAAAUUCAAACCGCAAUUGAGUACUACGAAAAAUCAUUGAAAAUUGCACAGGAAAGAGAAGAUACAGAGGGCGAAACACUUGCAUAUCUUGAGUUAGGACAUGCUUUUAGAUUAAAAAAUCAUAUUCAAAGGACAAUUGAGUACUACGAAAAAUCAUUGUCAAUUGCAGAGGAAAGAGGAGAUAGAAUGAAUGAAACAGUUGCAUAUCUUGGGUUAGGACAUGCUUAUAGAUUGAACAAUCAGAUUCAAACGGCAAUUGAGUACUACGAAAAAUCAUUGAAAAUUGCGAAGGAAAAAGAAGAUAGAGAGAAUGAAACACGUGCAUAUCUUGGGUUAGGACAUGCUUAUAGAUUGAACAAUCAGAUUCAAACGGCAAUUGAGUACUUUGAAAAAUCAUUGAAAAUUGCACAGGAGCGAAAAAAUAGAGAGUAUGAAACACGUGCAUAUCUUGGGUUAGGAGAUGCUUAUAUAUUGAACAAUCAGAUUCAAACGGCAAUUGAGUUCUACGAAAAAUCAUUGAAAAUUGCACAGGAACGAAAAGAUAGAGAGAAUGAAACACUUGCAUAUCUUGGCUUAGCAUAUGCUUAUAGAUUGAACAAUCAGAUUCAAACGGCAAUUGAGUACUACGAAAAAUCAUUGAAAAUUGCACAGGAAAGAGAACGAGAAGAUAGAGAGAAUGAAACACUUGCAUAUCUUGGCUUAGGACAUGCUUAUAGAUUGAACAAUCAGAUUCAAACGGCAAUUAAGUACUACGAAAAAUCACUGAAAAUUGCGAAGGAAAAAGAAGAUAGAGAGAAUGAAACACGUGCAUAUCUUGGGUUAGGACAUGCUUACAGAUUUAACAAUCAGAUUCGAACGGCAAUUGAGUACUACGAAAAAUCAUUGAAAAUUGCACAGGAAAGAGAAGAUAGAGAGAAUGAAACACGUGCAUAUCUUGGGUUAGGGCAUGCUUAUAGAUGGAACAAUCAGAUUCGAACGGCAAUUGAGUACUACGAAAAAUCAUUGAAAAUUGCGAAGGAAAAAGAAGAUAGAGAGAAUGAAACACGACAUGCUUACAGAUUUAACAAUCAGAUUCGAACGGCAAUUGAGUACUACGAAAAAUCAUUGAAAAUUGCACAGGAAAGAGAAGAUAGAGAGAAUGAAACACGUGCAUAUCUUGGGUUAGGACAUGCUUAUAGAUGGAACAAUCAGAUUCAAACGGCAAUUGAGUUCUACGAAAAAUCAUUGAAAAUUGCACAAGAAAGAGAAGAUAGAGAGUAUGAAACACGUGCAUAUCUUGGGUUAGGACAGGCUUAUAGAUGGAACAAUCAGAUUCAAACGGCAAUUGGUUACUUUGAAAAAUCAUUGAAAAUUUCACAGGAACGAGAAGAUAGAGAGAGCGAAACAGUUGGAUAUCUUUGGUUAGGAUAUGCUUACAGAUUUAAUAAUCAAAUUCAAACGGCAAUUGAGUACUACGAAAAAUCAUUGAAAAUUGCACAGGAAAGAGAAGAUAGAGAGAAUGAAACACGUGCAUAUCUUGGGUUAGGACAUGCUUAUAGAUUGAACAAUCAGAUUCGAACGGCAAUUGAGUACUACGAAAAAUCAUUGAAAAUUGCACAGGAACGAGAAGAUAGAGAGAAUGAAACACUUGCAUAUCUUGGCUUAGGACAUGCUUAUAGAUUGAACAAUCAGAUUCAAACGGCAAUUGAGUACUACGAAAAAUCACUGAAAAUUGCGAAGGAAAAAGAAGAUAGAGAGAAUGAAACACGUGCAUAUCUUGGGUUAGGACAUGCUUACAGAUUUAACAAUCAGAUUCGAACGGCAAUUGAGUACUACGAAAAAUCAUUGAAAAUUGCACAGGAAAGAGAAGAUAGAGAGAAUGAAACACGUGCAUAUCUUGGGUUAGGACAUGCUUAUAGAUUGAACAAUCAGAUUCGAACCGCAAUUGAGUACUACGAAAAAUCAUUGAAAAUUGCACAGGAACGAGAAGAUAGAGAUAAUGAAACACUUGCAUAUCUUGGGUUAGGGCAUGCUUAUAGAUGGAACAAUCAGAUUCGAACGGCAAUUGAGUACUACGAAAAAUCAUUGAAAAUUGCGAAGGAAAAAGAAGAUAGAGAGAAUGAAACACGUGCAUAUCUUGGGUUAGGACAUGCUUAUAGAUUGAACAAUCAGAUUCAAACGGCAAUUGAGUACUUUGAAAAAUCAUUGAAAAUUGCACAGGAGCGAAAAAAUAGAGAGUAUGAAACACGUGCAUAUCUUGGGUUAGGACAUGCUUAUAGAUGGAACAAUCAGAUUCAAACGGCAAUUGAGUUCUACGAAAAAUCAUUGAAAAUUGCACAAGAAAGAGAAGAUAGAGAGUAUGAAACACGUGCAUAUCUUGGGUUAGGACAGGCUUAUAGAUGGAACAAUCAGAUUCAAACGGCAAUUGGUUACUUUGAAAAAUCAUUGAAAAUUUCACAGGAACGAGAAGAUAGAGAGAGCGAAACAGUUGGAUAUCUUUGGUUAGGAUAUGCUUACAGAUUUAAUAAUCAAAUUCAAACGGCAAUUGAGUACUACGAAAAAUCAUUGAAAAUUGCACAGGAACGACAAGAUACAGAGGGCGAAACACUUGCGUAUCUUGGGUUAGGACAUGCUUAUAGAUUAAACAAUCAGAUUCAAACGACAAUUGAGUACUUUGAAAAAUCAUUGAAAAUUGCACAGGAACGAGAAGAUAGAGAGUAUGAAAAAGGAGCAUAUCUUGGGUUAGGAGAUGCGUAUAGUUUGAACAAUCAGUUUCAAGCGGCAAUUGAACACUAUGAAAAAUUAUUAGGAAUUGCAUGGCGACGAAAAGAUAGAGACAAUGAAACAUAUGCAUAUCUUCGGUUAGGAGAUGUUUAUAGAUUGAGCAAUCAGUUUUCAACGGCAAUUGAGUACUAUGAAAAAUCACUGGAAAAUUCAGAGCAGCGUGAAGAUAGAGAUUAUGCUAUACGUGCCUAUUUUGGUUUAGGGGAUAUUUAUGUUGUAAACAAUCAGAUUGAACGUGCGAUUGAAUGCUAUGAGAAAAUUGCAACUGAAAAUGGACGCACGUAUCAUGAUAAGUUUGCGGAAAACGUAGCUCAAGAAUUGUCAUUUGCAGAUUCGUUUACAGGGGAAUCGAAUUCGAAGAGAGCUGUAACAUCUCAGGAAACUGAGCUUUUGUCAGAUGACUCUGACGACGAGGGAUACGAGCAAGCUUUACGUCUGAAAAGAUUGGGAAAAUGUUAUGUUAAUCUUGGAAGAUUGGAAGAGGCCCUGGAGUGUUUUCAGAAGGCUCUAAAAGUUGUUUCUGGUCGUCGUGAGGAUGCAUUUGAGGGAAUUCUAAAUGAAUGGUGUGGAUUUUGCUGUCGUUUCCUGGGAGGCUGUGAAAAAGAGGCAAAAAUGUUUUACGAGCGGGUAAAAGAAAUCGCAAAAAGCGCAAGAGAAAAGAAUCAAGAAUAUCGUUCAAACGAAGCCAUUGGACAUAUAUUAUACAAAACUGGGAACUAUAAUCAAGCGAAGGAAUAUUACAACGAAGCGGUCAAGGUUGCUACAGAACUUGACGAUAAACAUCGCGAAGGACUGUCUUGUCUUAACUUUGCGGGUGUAUGUUGUAAAGCUGGUGAUGAUGAGACGGCAGUUCAAUUCUAUGAGAAGGCGGGACAUAUUUUUGAUUCAGAACAUAAAGAUCACAUCCAGCAAGAAAAAGCCCUUGUUGGUUUGGCUGUUUCUUGGUUCAAUCUUGGAAACACUAGAAAAGCGAUGGAAUCAAUUGAAAAAGCUCGAGAACUUGCAAAUCGCGUAGAGGAGGAAGCAGAUUCGCCUGCAAAAGAAACGAUUUCAAAGGAAGCCGAACCAUUUCAAGCAGCAAAUGCUAUUGCAGAUUUAGCAAGACCAAAUUCAAAAAAUGUGCUUAGAUUUCAGGAAGCACAACCAGUUACAGAAUGGGUAAACCUGGUAAUGGAGGAAAUAUGCAACCUAAGCAGAACAGAAAGACUACGGAGUGACGACCUGGUUUGUCUUGAGAAAUACAUCAAAGAAUUUUCUGCUACAUACGUGUAUACUCAUCAGGCGUCGAGAAAGAAACCUCUAACAAAGAAAAUUCGUAAGUCAAUGACAGAAAAUGUCAAGUCGGCAGCUUACAAUAAUUUGUUAGAUCAAAAUAAUCGCACUAAUGAUGGAAAAAUUGUCGAUGCGAAUGAAGAAAUUGUAAACUUUGCCAAGAAUGAUGUCUACAAGAAUGCUUCAACUAAAAUGCCUGCAAGACUUCUCGCUUCUUUGGCAACUUAUGUUAAAUCCAUCGCUCGCAUUUCUUGCGGAAAUGCUGUGGGAACGUGUUGGCUUGUUUCGGACAGGCUUGUUAUAACUAACUUUCAUGUUUAUAUGCAAUUCAAUACUGAAAGAUUGAUUUCUCAACUGAGUAAGGAACAAGAAGAUGCUCAAAAUAAAGUAACAGAAAACACUCAAGGCAUGGCAACAGAGGACACUCAAACCGAAGGUAUGGAAAUAGAAGAUUCACAGAAUGGCCAAUUGCCAAUAAACGUUUUAUUUGAUUUCUUCUAUCCUAACCAAGAACAAAAUAGUGUGAUGGUGAAAGUUGAUGAAGAACAAGAUCCUAUGCUCGAGAACCCGCACUUGGAUUAUAAAUUCUUGCGUUUGAAAGAAAACCAAGUUCUUAGUGAUCGUCUUCUUCUUGGUCCCAUUGUCCGAAGUUACCCAUUACAUGAGGGGCGAGUUAUCAUCAUUGGUCAUCCGGGCGGUAAGGAAAUGCAGGAAGAAACAUGCGUCGUUGUAAGCAAUCAUUCUUGGCGUGAAAAACUUAAUGUACGGCAUGGUGUUCAAACUGGUGUACACAUGACCAACACAGAACUGCUUAAAGCAACUAAACGAUACGUAGAUUGCCUUCCGUACGACACAAGCCUAUUUUCGGGUGCCAGUGGUUCCCCAGUUUUCGAUUUUGAUGGAAAGAUCGUCGCGAUGCACACGCAGGGAUACACACUGGAAACGGCAGGACAAACGCGCUGUUCGCUGAUGGAGUUUGGUGUGCAGUUUAAUGCGGUAUGUCAAGACAUAAAGCGAAAAUAUGAAGCAAAAAGAAUCAAUAUUAAUGUCGAAGAACUGUUCCCAAAUUAUAACAUGAAUCAGCCGAUGGAUGUAGAAUAAUUGUACUAUUAGGACCGGAAUUUGGUUCAGUCUGCUCUUUAGGGCAAAAUAAUCGAACGCUUGUCACUAAAGCAAUAUUUUACCAGCGCCAAUAGCGUAUAAUUUUAAAUAAUUUACAUUGUAGAAAAGUCGUUUGAUACUAAUAUUUAGGUUUGAACAAGGAAAUACUUUGCAAUUAAGAAUAUAUUUACACAUGUUAUGCAUUUUUAUGAAAUAUAUUACC